GAAACAGCAGGGAUGGAUCCCAUACAUGCAUGGCACCCAUCCCCUCGGUGAGGGAGGACCCGCCUUCACUUCCUCAAUUCCAGCCCUCAUCUCAGGAGGGCAGCCAAGGUCUGUCAAGCUUUUUAACAACAGCCAAUAAAUACCGGAAGCUGACCAGAUUGACCUACACAAGAUGAAGAAAUGUGGACAAUUCGUUACUUUAUUUGAGCUUUUUGGCAAGUGUCAGGGGUCUUAUCAUUUACAAGUCAAAACUGGCAAAUUAUAAUAAUUUCACAACAGCCAACACUACAACUUAAUAGAGCAUCCCAUCCGCCCUUGAUAGGCUGGCUCGCUGAUUAUUUCUAGGGUGACUGAUUUAUGGAUCAUCAAUGUAUUUUUGUUUGUUUCUAUUAUAAAUAAACGUGAUGUUUAUUUAAAACCUUAACUAUGACUUGACUCAAGGUUAUAAUAAAUUAACGAAUUGGGUGAUUCAAUUGGUCUUAUGUAGAACACUUUUUGAUUAUGUUUGUAGCCUUAUUUGCCAUUCACAUUUAUAUUAGAAAACAAUGAUUCCAAUGUAACGUGAUUGGACCCAUACAGUCUAUGGACUGGACACACAUGACACUCUUUUCACCUAUUAUAAAAAAAGAGUGAUGGUUAUGUUUUCUCUGAGACCAAUUGAAUUCUCUUCUUCAUUAUUUUCAAUAAUAUGAGGCAGCAUAGUUUUUAUACUGUAUUUUGAUGAUUACUAUCAGCCCCCCCAACUCAAGUAACAAAAUGCAAUAUUAUAAAGAUAACUCAACAAAAAGUAAAUAUCUAUUAAACCUUAAUAUGGAAAGUAAUAAUACUUCGUGAUAUUGCCACUCAAACUAAAUCUAACGGUCACCGUUUGGAGUCUUAUUUUGAAAAUGUCCACCGGAAGGGCCUUGUUUCCUCUUCAAUUCAACAGUAAAGUUGAGGGAGGCAAUUCAUCGCACAAGUAACCCAGGGGAAGGAGGCUUCAUCAAGUUUCUCUCAUCCUUUUCUUUUGGAUAAUAACUUAUUUUCAUCCAACCGUCCGGGGCCCGGGACACAGAAACAUGGCUGCUCUUUCAGCCUGGUUCUGGAACGAGCGGUUCUGGCUCCCACACAACGUCACCUGGGCGGACCUGGCGGACCCGGCUCCCGGGGUGGAGUACCCCAAAGCGGGGCACUUGUUUUCUGCCUUGCCGCUGGCUUUGGGGAUUUUCGCCUUGAGGAUUCUCUUCGAAAGGUGUGUUGCCAGCCCUUGUGCCCGGAGCCUCCUCAUCCACCCUGGUGUUGGACGAAGAGCUCAUUCUAAUGCGGUGCUGGAGAAAGUGUUUACAUCCAUCACAAAGUCUCCAGACUCUCGGCAUCUGGACGGCUUGUCGAAGCAGCUGGACUGGGAGGUGCGAAAGGUCCAGCGCUGGUUUAGAAACCGCAGGAACCAAGACAAACCCAGCACUCACACUAAGUUCUGUGAGAGCAUGUGGAGGUUUACAUUUUAUUUGUGCAUAUUUACCUAUGGGUUCCGGUUUCUGUGGCAGACUCCUUGGAUGUGGGAUACUCGGCAUUGCUGGUACGGUUAUCCCUAUCAGGUCAUGACUCCGGGUCUUUACUACUACUAUGUAACAGAACUGGCUUUCUACUGGUCCCUAAUGUUCUCCCAGUUCACUGACAUUAAAAGAAAGGACUUCAUGAUAAUGUUCAUCCAUCACCUGGCGACGAUUGGUCUGAUCAGCUUUUCUUACGUCAACAACAUGACGCGAGUAGGGAGUCUCGUGAUGUGCGUACACGACGCCUCCGACUUCCUGCUAGAGCUAGCCAAGCUGGCGAACUAUGCCAAGUACCAGCGCCUGUGUGACUUCCUGUUCAUUGUGUUCAGUGUGGCAUUCUUCAUCACACGACUAGUUAUUUAUCCAAUAUGGGUCCUGAACUCCACUAUGUUUGAGAGCUGGGCCAUAGUGGGGCCGUACCCCUCCUGGUGGCUCUUCAACUUCUUACUGCUCGUCCUCCAAGUGCUGCACAUCAUCUGGUCCUACCUCAUAGCCCGUAUAGCUGUCAAAGCCGUGCUGAGGGGCAAGGUGUGCAACGAUGUCCGCAGUGACAUUGAGAGCAGCUCAGAGAACGAGCCUGACACGCCCACAGAGGGUCCGAAGGCUUUCUCUCAUUCUCCCAAGGGAGAAAACGGCACUAACGGCCACUGUGCUGCUGCCAAAGCUCGAGUGCAGAACCACAGCAGCUGGUGACACGAGGCUGGGAGCCCCCAGCAGUUCAUCCCAUAAUAUGUAAUACGUGCUUUGUGUGUCUUUGACGUUCAAAGCUUACACCGACACACACUGAGGAUGGAUACACUGAUAUCUGCUAAGAGCCUCGUAAUGACAUGUACGACACCUCUCCAGAGGUGACAUGUAAAAGCGGAAACGUUAUGGAGAUCUGUUGAAGCAAGUGUUUUGUAUAGCCUUAUUUUUCAAACGAUGGGAUUGGUUUUGUGCCGAGUUUGGCUGCAGAUGUUGAUUGGUUUUAAUGUUCUCUCCCAGUUUUAUUGGUCAGAUGAACUUCAUUAUUUUUCAGUUAAGGGUUAAAUCACACUGGAUCACAAAGGGCAGAAAACACUAAUUGUGUUGUAUUUUCAAUCUGUGAUGUAACAGCAGGUAUUUUAUGUAUAAUUAACUGUAAUACGGUAUAAGUAACUUAUUAUAGCUGUGGUUUUAUCAGCUUUUAAAAUAUGCACCUGCUGUUUGUAUGAACAGAAGUAAACACUUGAGGCGUUUGCGAGAGAAGAGUUUGCCUACUGCGAUGUAUUGUGGAUUUUUCCUUUAACAAUGUUGUUAAGCUACUUUGUUACUUGUUUAUUUCCAGUGUUUUUGUACUACUUCUUCUGAGACCAAAUGUGUAUGAAAUUGUUUGCCACUGCCUUUAUAGGAAUCCAGGUAUGAGGACUUUACUAAAUGUCUCGUAUCACAUUCUCAAUUGAGUUCCUUGUAAAAAUAUUUCCAAAUAUAUUCUGUUGUUGAAAAAUGU